CUCCCACAAUUCACAGGGGGGCUUCAUUUCCUGACCACUUCCGCUCUCCGGUAUAAACCUUCCAAUCAGCGAGCUCUGAGUCGGCUGUAUCCAUGCGGUUUCCAGGAAGUGAGUUUAACCGGAAUUCCAACCGAGUCCACCCAGCUAUCUUCCUCUCCCACGUGAGCCCUGCUCUCACCACGCGCAGGGGAGAGCAAGCCGGCUCGAGUCUAGAGGCGACGUCACAGAGCGCCGGAGGAACUCGCACGAGAAGCGGCUGAAUCGCAGAGCCCGAGCGGAGCGGCGGAGCCAGAGGUGCCGAAGCGAUCACAGGGAAGAUGGCGGACGACCCGAGCGCAGCGGACAGGAACGUGGAGAUCUGGAAGAUCAAGAAGCUGAUCAAGAGCCUUGAAGCGGCCCGAGGCAAUGGCACCAGUAUGAUCUCCCUCAUCAUCCCCCCGAAGGACCAGAUCUCCCGAGUGGCCAAGAUGCUGGCGGACGAGUUUGGCACUGCCUCCAACAUCAAGAGCCGAGUCAACCGGCUGUCUGUGCUGGGAGCCAUCACCUCUGUGCAACAGAGACUCAAGCUCUACAACAAAGUGCCCCCCAAUGGCCUGGUGGUGUACUGCGGCACCAUAGUUACAGAGGAGGGGAAGGAGAAGAAGGUCAAUAUCGACUUCGAGCCGUUCAAGCCCAUCAACACCUCCCUAUACCUGUGUGACAACAAGUUCCACACUGAGGCUCUCACAGCGCUCUUGUCAGAUGACAGUAAGUUCGGCUUCAUUGUGAUCGACGGGAGUGGCGCUCUGUUCGGGACACUGCAAGGGAACACCAGAGAGGUGCUGCACAAGUUCACUGUGGACUUACCCAAGAAACACGGCAGGGGCGGUCAGUCUGCACUGCGUUUUGCCCGGUUGCGGAUGGAGAAGAGACACAACUACGUGCGGAAGGUGGCAGAGACAGCGGUGCAGCUCUUCGUGUCCAACGACAAGGUCAACGUGGCUGGCAUGGUGCUAGCUGGGUCUGCAGACUUCAAGACCGAGCUCAGCCAGUCCGACAUGUUUGACCCGAGGUUGCAGGCGAAGGUGCUGAAGCUGGUCGACAUCUCGUAUGGUGGAGAGAACGGCUUCAACCAGGCCAUCGAGCUGUCGGCCGAGGUGCUGUCCAACGUCAAGUUCAUCCAGGAGAAGAAGCUCAUUGGCCGGUACUUUGACGAAAUUAGCCAGGACACGGGGAAGUACUGCUUCGGGGUGGAGGACACGCUGAAGGCUCUAGAGAUGGGCGCAGUGGAGAUCCUCAUCGUCUACGAAAACCUCGACAUCAUGCGCUACGUCCUGCGAUGUCACGGCACCGAGGAAGAGAAGAUUUUGUACCUUACGCCAGAGCAGGAGAAGGACAAGUCCCACUUCACAGACAAAGAGACGGGGCAGGAGCACGAGCUGAUCGAGAGCAUGCCCCUGCUGGAGUGGUUCGCCAACAACUACAAGAAGUUCGGCGCCACGCUGGAGAUUGUCACGGACAAGUCGCAGGAGGGCUCGCAGUUCGUCAAGGGGUUCGGCGGCAUUGGGGGGAUCCUGCGGUACCGAGUGGAUUUCCAGGGGAUGGAGUACCAGGGUGACGACGACGAAUUUUUUGACUUGGAUGACUACUAGGUAGUCCAGACUGGGGCGUCAACACCACCUCUCUUCCUCCUUCAGUGAGAGAGGGAGGAAUGACCACAUACCGAGAGAGGGAGAGGGAGACGGCAGGAGAAAUGUCUUCACAACACAGCGCGUGUCUGCGGGGCGCCCCUGCCCUGGCCCAGCGGCCGUGCCGGGGCGAGGGGGGCUCCCCUUGUCUAGACGUUUCUCUUCGCAGUCAUAGGAACGUGUCCCGGCCCCUGAGAGAUCAGAGCGCUGCCCCCUCAUCCCACAGCGCUUCGGACUCACGAUUCCCAAUCUUAUAAUUAUAGAGAGAACUAUUUUUCUUUAUUUCUCCCUCUCCCACCCCGCCAGCGAGCUCCCCUCCCUGCCCUCCCCCCAUUUUUUUUUUUUUUUACAGGCAUCAGCUGCUGUUGUAUUUUAUGAAGUUCAAUUUUUUUUUUACCUUGGGUUCUGUAGAAGAGCGGAAGUGUAUUAAAUUUGAAACUGCUUAACAACAUUUAA